AUGAGGCUCAAAAACAUGCCAAACAGUGCCCAGGAGCCGAGGAUGCCGAUCGCAUUUGUCAGGUACAGCAGGCAAAACGCAACCACAGCAAACACGACCUUCUUCGCGUUGGACGUCAACACGACGGGCCCAACUUUGAGAGCGUCGCGGCUCUGCAGAAACAUGAAGACGUAG